AUUUGGAAUUUCCAUUGCUCUGCAAGCAUUUUUGGAGUCUUCCCAAUCCCAUUGUUAUUUCUAUAGUAAAUAAAAUAACACAAUAGAUGUUUCUAUCUAUUUAACCGUGUUCACGUACUGAAUUUAUGAGUUUUCAGAAUGGAAGCUCAAUUCCCGGUACUGUGUGCUUUUACGCCUUUGAAACCUGGUUCUGAGAAAUUCCAAAGAAUCCCUAUUACAACCAACGUCUUCAAGCUUGGCCGUGGACAGCACAACACAGUUGUCAUACCCUACAAAUGCCUCUCAAAAGACCAUUGCUUAUUCAAGAAAGUAGAAAGCAAUUGGCUGAUAGAAAACUGUAGCUAUUCCAGUAUAAAAGUUAACGAUAAUAGGCUCCGUAAAGGUGAAACACACAAACUGUGUGAUCAAGACAUUAUUAAGUUGGAAUCAUCGAACGAAUUGGUUUACAAAUUCAUGUCAAAUACAAAUACGAAAAGCCCAAAGUGCAAGAGACGCAAACUCGAUGAAAAUGUACAAAAUGAUAAUAAUUUAAAGAAAACUGAGUCGACAAGAAGUAUGCGUAGUGAUAUCAAUAAGAAUCUAAACGAUACACAGAUAAAUAUGAAAGAGCAGAUAUUAUUGGAGCAGAGUAAGAGAGAGAAAGAGAUAUAUGAUGACUAUGCUGUUCGUAUUGAGAAACUGAAGGGGUCUAAAAAGAAUGUGAAGAACCAGAAGGCUUUGCUUAAAAUGCGGAGAAAUGCUCAGCUGGAAAUCAAUAAAGUGAAAAUGGAGGAACGGAUAGCUUCUGCGAUGGCACAAACAGAAUCAAACGCAAACAAACGUUCCAAAGACAAACCGGACAAUCAGAAUGGACAAGGGGACCAAAGAACCAACGACCAAUCAGAAGCCAGGCGAGAGCAGGACAGGGCGCGGAUGAAAGAGAAACGGGAGCUGAAAAAACUUCGCAGGGAAACUAGGCGGCUAAAGCUUGAUAAAGAAAAAAAGCUAAAAGAACUAGAGAAACAGAAACUACGCAGAGAGAAGCAAUUGCAAGACGAGUUGGACAAGGUGAACAAAAAGCUGGCGAAAGAGAGGGAGCUACACGAGAAAGAGAGAAGAAGAGCUGAGCAGCUACUCAAUCAGAAGAAAGAGGAACUUAAAAAGGUCUCACCAAGCACCAGUUCCAACUCGAAGUUAGACAUGGAGUCGGAACUGCAGUGCAGCAUAUGCUCGGAGCUGUUCGUCCGCGCCACCACACUCGGCUGCUCGCAUAGCUUCUGCCGGUACUGUAUCCGCAAGUGGACCGCCAAUAAGAAGGAGUGCCCCAUCUGCAGAGCGGCCAUAACUUCGGAGUGUAGAAGUAUAGUGCUCGACUCGCUGGUCGAGAAAAUGACGGAAUCCGCGGAGGCCAAGAAGAAACGCCAGGAGCUGGUCAAAGCCAGGGACGAACUGGAGGCUAAGGAACCCACAACGACUGCCAAUAGCGGAAGCCAAAACUACCUCUUCGAUCCCAACUUUAUCCGUGAUUUCUUGCAAGCCGAGAACUCGAACUCUGAAUCAAGCUACCACGGCCGAGAAUCUUCACUCGAGCCGGAUUCAGACAUGCUCGUACCCAUGGACACGGACUCGGAGCCUUCUGGCUUUGGUGAUUCUGAUGUGUUCUCGGGUCGCGACGAGAAUGGAGAAUCGGAGUAUGAUGAGCCCGAGAAUGAAGAGAAUUACGAAGGAUACUCGGGGGAAAGUGAUCGUGAAAAUGACGAGAUUUACGAUGAAGCGCCGGAAAACGAGGAAGAAGAAGAGCACGAGGGCAACUCGGAGAACGGCGGCCACGAUGACGAGAAUUAUGAUGAAGUCGAGAAUUCUCCGACAGACAACGAAGAUCAAGACGAGAAUGAUCCGGAAUACCAUGAAGGUGAAGAAUCGGCGUCGGAAAAUUACGAUGAAGGAGAACCAGAGAAUUAUGAUGAAGGCGAGAAUUCAGGGCCGGAGAAUUAUGAUGAGGGAGAGAAUUCAGGGCCGGAGAAUUAUGAUGAGGGUGACAAUACAGAACCAGAGAAUUACGAUCAAGGUGAAAAUUCAGGUCCUGAAAAUUACGAUGAAGGUGAUAAUUCAGCUCCGGAGAAUUAUGAUGAAGGCGGUUAUUCAGCGCCCGAGUACGAUGGAGACUCGUAUGCGGAAGAUGGCGGUGACGAUGAUGAUGAUUAUUAUUAAUAAAAAUAUCACACACAAGAGUGGAUGUCACGGAGGUUAUGCCGAAUUUCUUUAGAACCAUUUUUGUGUUGUGAACACUGAACACUCAUGUGACGAUUCUAUGAAACUCGCUUUUAGUUCGUUUCAUAAACCCACACACCGUAUUUUAAUGACGUUCUUUAUGUAUCAGUCACAUUUAACCUAUUAAUAAUAUGUCGUUUUAAUAA